UCAAUUGUUGAUCAUCAAGGGAACAUCAUUAACCAUCUCUUAAUUGUUGUAACCAAUCAUCUUCGGUAUAUGAAUAAUAUAUACACGUUACAUGUUGGAAAUCACGCUUUUGACAGUUAUCUCUUUUUCCGAGUCAAAUCAUUUUCCAAAUACAAACAUCACAAUCAGUUAAUUAUUUCUAUUUACGGUAGACUAGUUACAAAGGUUGAGGUCGAGAAUAUGAAUUGAGAAGGAAGACAAAACAGUGUGAUUAACGGUAAUUAACCUGGACAAUUAUCAACAUGUUACUCAAUUAUAAUCUUGACCAACCAAGGGCAUCAGGUCAACAAAAACCUCGACUUUACCGAACUCAUUCUGUCAAUCAUAUUCCUGUUCAUCGUUAUCACCAAUUUCCUCCUCAACGAUCAGAUCACUAUUCUAAUGGAUUAUUAUAUCAAGUUGAUCAAAUGUCAAAAUCUGAUUACUUGACCAACUAUCCAAGGGAUUACACUGAUCGGCUUCCACCUUCCGGUCAACCAAGUGGAUCACGUCUUAAACGAUCAACAUCAUUAUACCAAAAGUCACCUCACCUGAGAAGUCUAACCGAUAUCUAUCAAGGUAAAGAGCGCGUAGUGGCCUUAAUGGUCCGCGAUAAUCCGCCGACAUCCAUCGGUAAAAAGAUUCCACCGUCAGUUAAAUGGUCUCAACCUCUGUCAUUGGAUUAUCAUUGUUACGAUGAUACUUACAUAAGGCACAAUUCAAGUACGACAAUUAAAGAAAGUGAAUCCUUAAAGGAAGGCCCCAGGAAUCAAUCAAUCGCUUUUGAUGGAUCACAAUUUAGUGCUUCCUUGUUUAAAAAUGAAUCACGCGAUGGGAUAAUUUUCGGACUGGUCAAAUCAACUAAUCAUGAUUACAAUCAACAAUCACUUUCCAAUCAGCGGAAACAAUCAACAGUAACAAUAGUUAAUAGAUCUUCAAGUAAUCAGAUAAAUUCUGUUCGAUUGAUUAAUGGACAGUUGAAACAAUCGCAACCCUCGAAAUCAUAUUAUUCAUCAUUCUCCACGAAUCGGAUUCCAUCUUCAUCUCUCCAGUCUUCAUCUUUAUCCUCAUCUUCACCACCUCCACCUCCUCCGCCACUCUCGUCAUUACCUUCGAUACCUUUACCUUCAAUUCGAAAGGUCAAUUUCUCUUCUCCGCCACCGCCGCGAUCGUCGAUACUCAAACGUUCACAGACAUGUUUAUCUCCACGACGAUUUACCGAUGAUCAACAGCUCUACAAUAAUCGAUGGGUUUCACCAGUUCGACGGCAAGCAAUCUAUUCAACGAGCGUUUAUUCACCCCCACCACCGCCUCCACCACCUUUACCACCGACGGUAACACAAUUUUCGGCACCAAGUAAAUUUUCAUCGGUGCUUAUUGGACCUUCAGUGAAAAGUAAAUCAGGAAAAACAGUAUCACCACCACUCGAAGUGAAAUCAAACAAGAAAUCAACUCAAUCAUCUAAAAGUCAACUUUCCUCUGUGAAUAUUAAUCAAAGUGAUUUAAAUUGGAAAUCAAGUUGCUCUUAUUGUUUACCAUUAUCUAAAUUAUCAUCACUAUCGAUUUCAUCAACACCAACAGUGACACCAUUAUCAUCACCCUCAGGGGGUAAUGGAAAGGUAACUGUUAACUCAUCGUCGAGUAAUGGUCAACCACAACGGCAACAAUUAACCACGGAAAGUGAUCAAAAGUGUACUUGUUAUACUGAUUUUAGUGAAAAAUUGAAAGCAAAUUAUUUAACAACAAUUAAAUCUACACCAAUAACUCAAUCAUCUUCAUCUUCUUUAUCAUCACCGACAUCGAUAACAAUUGAUACUCCUUCAUCUUCAGAUACUAAUAGGAAAAAAAGUGACCAAUCAUCUCCAUCUUCAUCUUCAAGUGGAAUCGUAUCAACAUCAUCAUUCAAAUCAUCAGCAUCUUGUGAUCAAUCAAAUGAUACUUAUCAUCGUAAUCAUCCCUCACCAUCAUCAUCAUCAUCAACAAUAACAUCUAAAUCAAGUUCAUUCAUAAACAGUAAUCAAAGUUCAGUCUCUAUGAGUCCAACUAUUGUUAAGGAAGUAAUGAAAAACAUGGCUAAUGGUAAAAUGAUUAAAAUUAAUCAUGAUAAUCAUCAGAUUAAAGAAACUGAAAAGGUAAGCACAAUAAUCCAACAAACCAAUGGAAAGGAAAUGAACAUAACAUUGAACAAUCUACCAAAUAACAAUUUAAACACCACCAAAGGAUUAAAAUCACCAUCACCAGUUGAUGGAUUAGACAAUGGAGCAAGUGAUCCAGGAAUAGAUUCAUCAAAAGAAAGUAGCAAUGAAUCAAAUGAUGAGAAUGAUAAGAAUCAAGUUAAUCAACACUGUUCAUUGGAUAAGCGACCCUCCAAACCUCCUCGAAAGUCUUGUCUCAAUGAUGCAAAUGGAUACGAACAACAAAACGAUAAUCUGGUCGAGGAAAUAUAUUUAGCAGCCGAACCUGCACCAGUAGUGACCCAAACUGACCAUCAACAAUCAACAGAAACCAAAGUAACAUGUAACAAUUUAAGUGAAAAUGAUCUUAAUCUGUUACCACCUCCACCGCCAGCGGCUAAACAUUUUGUCGUGGUUGCCAUUGACUUUGGUACAACUUAUUCUGGUUACGCGUUCAGUUUUACCCGAUCACCGGAGGCCAUUCACAUGAUGAGAAAAUGGGAUGACGGAUGUGACCCUGACGUGAACAAUCAUAAAACACCGACCAUUUUGUUACUCAACCCAUCGGGUGAUUUCCAUGCCUUUGGAAGUGCAGCUCGAGAAGCGUAUCACGGCCUAUCCGCGGACGAAGCCAAGGAUUGGUUUUACUUUGAGAAAUUUAAAAUGUCCUUACACACGACCCUUCACUUAACCAAAUCGACCUCCUUAACCGCCGCCAAUGGUAAAAAAAUAUCAGCAUUAACAGUUUUCGCUUCCAGUUUAGCCUAUUUCAAGAAUCACGCACUUACCGAGUUAAGUGAACAAUGUGCGACUCGAAUCGAAGAUGAAGAUGUCCGUUGGGUGGUAACUGUACCAGCUCUUUGGCGACAAACGGCCAAACAAUUCAUGAGAAUGGCCGCUUAUCAAGCGGGCUUAGCUUCACCCGAUAAUCCAAGUCAACUUUUAAUCUCACCGGAACCAGAAGCUGCUGCUAUUUAUUGUCGAAAGUUAAAGGUUAAUCAACUAAUUCCGGAAGGACCAAGUAAAAAUGGUCGAAUCACUAAUGGUACUUACACCACUAAUGGUAACAAUAACAACAACAGUACAAAUGGAAAUCUAUUUGACCAUGAAAAAGAUAAUCACUCGGCGAAUGAUCAAGCGAUAUCAAUUAAGAAAGGUACUCGUUACAUGGUUGUUGACUGUGGCGGUGGAACUGUUGAUAUAACCGUUCAUGAGAUUCACGAUGACCUGCGGUCACUUAAAGAGCUGCAUCGAGCUACAGGUUGUCCAUUUGGUUCCACUGGAGUUGAUCGGGAAUUUGAAAAUCUUUUAGAAGAUAUUUUUGGCUCCAAAUUUUGUGAUGAUUUUCGUGUCAAAUUGCCGUCCGGUUACGUUACCCUAAUGACCACUUUCGAGGGUCGAAAACGAGCUGCCAAUACUGUUUCGUCAACGCCUUACAACAUUGUACUUCCUUUUUCGUUUAUCCAAUCAGUUCGUAAAUGGAAAGGUUCAACUGUUGAUUCGAUGGUUAAAAAAUAUGGUUCAUCUGAUGUUUCCUUUGACCCUCGAUUGGGUAUAUUACGUAUUUCCGCUUCCAUGAUGCGUAAACUUUUUGAACCAACUUGCGAAAAAAUUGUUUCGCAGAUCAAUUCAAUCAUUGAAUCUAAAAACUGUUGUUCCAGUGUUUGUGACGGUACCAAUUUGGGUUACCUAUUUUUGGUCGGUGGUUUCGCCGAGAGUCAAUUACUUCAGAGUUACAUUAGAUCAGCAUUUUCUUCCCGUCUUCGAGUCAUCAUACCUCAAGGUGUUAGCUCUUCUAUCCUUCGAGGAGCCGUUCUAUUUGGCCUUGAUCCUUCCAUCAUUUCGGUCCGUCGAUCAAAAAUGACCUAUGGUAUUGGUAUUCUAAACCGUUUCAUUCACGGUUAUCAUCCCCUCUCCAAACUGGUUGUUCGAGAUGGUGUUGAAUGGUGUUCAGAUAUUUUCGAUAAAUUUGUUCUCACCGAUCAGUCCAUUGCCACGGGCGAUUUGGUCACUCGAAGUUACACUCCAGCCAAAAAUGGACAAAAGUUCAGUGUACUUAACAUUUAUUGUUCCGAACGAGAUGAUGUUAGAUUUAUAACCGAUGAAGGGGUAACUCGAUGUGGUACCUUGGUACUUGAUCUUGACGAUUUACAUGAUUACCAUGAUAUAAGUGAUUCUAAUUGUAAAAAGUUAGAAAAUAAUUUAAAUCAUAAUUUCAAAAGGCCCAUCAAAAAAUUGAACACCAAUCAAGUGACAAUACCAACGACAACAAUAAGUUCAACUACAACGAUUGAUCUUAAAUCAAGGAUUAAUGGAAAAUUAAAGUUAUCCAAACUAUCCAGAGAUGAUGGAAAUACAGCUGAUGAUGAUAAUAGUGAUAACGAUAAUAUUCAGGAUUCGCGGAAGAAGAAAAAAGAAUCCGAUUCCCCGUCAACAACACCUCCUCCAGUUCCACCACCAUUACCACCUCCAUCAUUAGAAUUUACAAUCAACGGCAAUACAAACAAUUCCCGUGGACGAGAAAUUCAAACCAAUAUGAUUUUCGGUGAUACUGAAAUUAAAGUGACAGCAAUUGAUGUUCAAUCAGGAAGAAAAGUCAGAGCAGAAAUUGAUUUCUUAAGUCAAUAAGUAAUAAUCAUUUUGAAAUGUUAAUCAAAACAUUCAUCAACUAAUCAUCAUUGAGAUUGCGAAAAGAAAAAUCAAUUGAACCCAAUUGGAUUUAAUCAUCUUAUUGAUGAACACCAUUAACAACGUGCCAAAGCGUGAAUAACAAUCACACUGUUUAAUUUUCACCAGAGAUUUUUUUUCUCAUUAAUUAAUCAUCAUCUUCAUCACCACUAAUUCAUAAAAUUCUUAAUCACAACAAUUAACAACUAAUAAGCUGAAAAAAAUUGUAAAAAAAUCAACUAGUUUGACUAAAUAUUUGAUGUAUUCAUAUAAAAGAUUAAUCAACAAUCAAAUAGAUUUGAUUGAUCAAAAAGGGAAGAACAAUCCAAACUUGAAUUAAUUUUCUUGUUCAAUAAAAGUUAAAAUAAUCAUUUCUAUCAUUAAAAGAUGAUUUGACCAAGAAAUAGAUUACAAUUAA